AUUGCGGUUGCAUGUUGCACUUGGUCUCUUUCCUUUUGAACCCACACUUGACACUUUGGCUACGGUAAACACAUAGCGAAGCAUACGAAACAAUCACCGUUCUGCACAAUGUUCAAAGGAAUAUUGCCUUCAAAGAGAAUAUCUUCGUCUGAGUUCACCAUGGUUACUAAUUUUGGAGACGAUGUCCUCCAAGGCAAGGAAAAUAUCCCAGACACCACCGCAGCUGGUAACAAAGGCACAACAAAGUCUGCCAAGGUACAGAAAAGUAGCAAAGGCGUCCAGGACAUACCAGUGGAACCAGUGAUGAUGAACCAGGCAUUUGACAAGCUACUGGAUGACCUGCAAAUACCUUCUACACUACGCCCUAAACUGGCUGGCAUGGAUUCAACGGUGAAAGCUGCCAUGCUCAAGUCGUCUCAUGUUCUUACGCACAAUCCACCCGUUUCACCACCUCCUACUCCUCGAACGCUCCGAAAAGCACACAGCAGCGAAUCUUUGGGAUCUCCUAACCACUUGAAGCCCUUGAUCAGCUACGAUAUUUCUAGGCCUCCCAUGACUGCUGGGUUUACUUCAGGCUCUGCCAUAGCAAGCCAAGCAUCUGCCUCCGUAUAUGCACUCAACGCACUUCCGUCUGGCCACGGGCGCGGCUCAUCAAUGGAUGCCUACAAUACCCUGUCUCGCGGACAAGCUCCUCCUGUCAUUCCUGGUGACCUCAUCGCGGGCAAAGGAAAGGAAAAAAGCUCCGCCAAAAACAUUACACCAGUCAAGUUUUGCAGUAUCAUGACAGGCACUUCUAGUACACAAUUAGACGUGGAAACGGUGAAGAAGCUCAGACUGAUGUUGCGAAACGAGUCUGCUAGCUGGUCACAGGAAUUUCUUCGUCUCGGAGGUUACAACGCACUGCUGACUAGGCUGAAUGAGAUACUAGAAGUUGAGUGGAGGGAAGAACAACACGAUGAUCAGAUUUUGCACGAACUAUUGCGUUGCUUCAAAGCACUCUCCACCUCUUCCAUAGGAUGCUUUGCUCUCAGAAGCUCCAGCCCAACUCCAUUUGUUCAACUUGUCGCCUUGCUCUAUUCGGACAAGAAACCUGGCGAAGUCGCCACUCGACAACUCAUCGUUGAUCUGUUACUUAUUCUAUUUGACCUCUAUCCUUCGUCAUCUCUUCCUUCUGCAGGGGGAAGGCCUCGCAGGGAGGCUUGGGAAUCUACUGUUUCCAUCCCCGCUCCUAGCAACCUCAUUACACUACCUGUCCCACACAAAACGUUUUUCUCGCUUAUUCGUGCAUUGCUCUUGACACCCGCACCCCCUCCUACAGAAUCUCCUGCUGCGCCGGUAUCCCCGCAUGCAUUCAUCGAAUCACUCCAUCGACCUAGAAUAUAUAAAACGUAUCUGCAAGAACUAUCCGAUAUUUGCAGAGACUACUUUUGGGUAUUUUGUCAUCCAAAUAAUACGAUAUGGAAUCUUGCCGAUACGGACGAAGGAAAGGUAGAAAGACCAAGAGCCCCUGGAGGUAUGACAGGAGGCGUCGAAUUCGAAGCUAUGGGUUAUUUUACCACACACCUUAAACUUAUAAACGCUAUUGCGAAGGCUGCAGAAGACUUGGGUCAUCCAAAAGAGUAUGAGAUGUCAGGAUACAGGUUCCAUUCAGACCUCUUUGCUUCUGGAUUGGAACGAAUCAUUCUGGUUGCUCGCAAGGCAUCGACUACAUAUUAUCCAACUCUCCACCUUGAGCUAGCACGAUAUAUUGUACUCGUUGGGAGGUCGAGAUACGAGCUCCCAUGGACAGUAUCGCGAUUGAUUGGCCCUCCUCCAACCGCUUUAAGCAAGCUUGGGAGGUCAUCGAGGACACCUAGAGAAGGACAAGAUGCCAGUAGUUCGCCAACCAAGAGAGGCGCGCCCGGAUUCGUUGGUAUACCGUCUCCAAAGACGAUUGAACCUAUUAAAUUUGAGUGACAGGGAUGUGGAACACUCUGGGGCGGAUCUUCGACGGUGUAUAUUACUAUGGCGCGAUACUGGUUUUAACAUGCUUUUUUGAUACAAUGUUACGUUCAUGCAAAUUUGUUCCUUGCUCUUUAUAAAUGCUACUCCUGUUUUUUUAUG